UUUUGAAGGUGUGAAAUUGUUUUUUAAAAAUGGAAGAAAACGCUACAGAAAUGUCCGUCACUGUUCAUAAAUAUAUAAUAGAAGAUAGAGUCGACUUAAAGGGCUGUACUACUAUAUUUUUGGGCAGAGCAAGUGACACUGGAGAUAUAGUAGCUAUUAAAGCUCGAGACCGUUCCACCAAGCACAAACAAAUGCAAACCGAAGCUGAAGUUUAUCAAAAAAUUCAAGGUGACGUUGGUAUACCAUGUAUGAAAUGGUUUGGAACACAUGGUGAUGAGAGUGUUCUAGUGCUUGAAUAUAUAGGCUCGACACUAGAGCAAUUAUAUAACAUUUUUUCUCGUAGUUUUUCAUUAAAAACUAUUUUAAUGCUAGCAGAUCAAAUAUUGACACGAAUUACUUAUAUCCAUUCCCGUAACUUCCUGCAUUGCAAUAUUGCACCAGAUAACUUCGUUAUAGAUGCUGAUGAGCUGACCAGUAUUAUUUGCCUUAUUGAUUUCGGCCUAGCGAAAAAAUAUCGCGACGAGCGUACAUUUGAGCACAUACCUUGUACGAUAAAAGAGAACGAAGAGAUUGACAUUGGUACGGCGGAUUAUGCAUCCAUAAACACCCAUAUGGGUGUAGCACAAUCGCGACGUGACGACCUUGAGGCAGUUGGAUACCUGCUAGUCUAUCUUUGUUUAGGGUCAUUACCCUGGCAAGGCAUCAAGGCAUCCGACAAUCGUGAGAAGUGUAAACUUAUGGCGGAGAAAAAAUUCUCUACAACUACAAAAUCAUUAUGUCAGGGGCUUCCAAAUGAAUUUGUCACUUAUUUGGAUUACUGCCGUCAGCUGCGUUUUGAUGAAGUCCCUAAUUAUUUGUACUUACGUGCGCUAUUUCGUAGCUUAUUAAAUAAUAAUGGCUUCAUCAAUGAUAAUGAAUUCGAUUGGAAUUCACCAAGUGAUUGUCCAAAGAGUCAAGAUGAAGUCGAAAUGGAAGAAAUGGAAAUCAAAGUGCAAUAUGAAGAAGGCUCAACACAAUUGGCUAGUGAUGAAGUAGAUUCGUCUGAUCAGACAAUGAUGGAUACUGAUGCAAUACCCGUAAAUGAAGAUAACGAUACAGAAUCUGAUAGCUAUAACGAAUCGAUGACUGAAACAUAUUAAGUACCGCAGCCUAAAGACGAUCCAAUCGAAAUAUGUUU